UAAUUUUGAAUUUCUUUCGUUAAUUAAAUUUCCGCGCGUUAUUUCGAGCCAAGGGAGGUAAUAAACCGUUAUUUCGCGUCGAUUUCUUCACGUGGAUCUUUUGUCGGAUUUGAAGAAUCUUCAGCCUUUCCAAAUGAUGAAAUCUAAGAGAGUGUCGGCUUUGUCUGUUUUCAGAAACCACAAGCAGGACCAGAAUGAGGACCCAGGGGAGGAGCCAACAGCUGUGAAAAGGUCCAUCAGUGAUGUCGGUCCAUCUCUGAUGGCCAUCAACAAGAAAAAAAACAGUAACUUUUUGAAAGCCUUCAAGACAGGUACCCUACGCAACCAUAAUGUCAGUGACAGUAAGAAAAGUCGCCAGUCUAUCCUUGCCGAUUCCAUUAUGGAUAGUCCAUGUCUGACAGCUGUCAAACCUGUAGCUGUUGAGACCCCAGAAAACUCUCAGGUGACCACCCCCUCCAAGAAGAAGAAGAAGAAGAAGUCACCCUCAGGCAACAGUAAGAUGUCGGUGGCGGAGAUGAAGAAAAGCUUUGAGAAAAAGAUAAAGAAGCAACAACAACAAAAUGUCCGGCGGGUACCCCAAGCGAUCGGUCAGUCCAUCAUUACCACAGUCCCCUACAUCCAUGACAGCCGGGCUGAGGCCACCAAACUCUUCACCCAACUCAUCCAUCCUGUCACUGUAGAAAAAUUCUUCACGCAGAUGUGGGAGAGAAAGCCCCUGGUUGUCAGGCGACACAUUUCUGAUUAUUAUAAUGGUUGGUUUUCUACAGAAGAAUUGGAUUCUAUAUUGAGGAAGGAAAAUAUUCAGUUUGGCAAGAACAUUGACGUAACAACAUAUUGCGAUGGUAAAAGAGAGACUCACAACCCAACUGGUCAAGCCCAUGCUGCAGUAGUCUGGGAUUAUUUCCAGAAUGGUUGUUCUGUUCGUCUCUUAAAUCCUCAGACAUAUUCUGAAAAUGUCUGGAAGAAACUGUCAAUAUUACAAGAAUAUUUUGGUUGUUUUGUUGGUGCUAACGUUUAUUUGACCCCUGCAAACUCCCAAGGAUUUGCCCCUCACUAUGAUGAUAUCGAGGCCUUUGUUAUACAACUUGAAGGAAAGAAAAACUGGACCUUAUAUCCAUACAGAAAUGACUCAGAAAUGUUGGCAAGAACAUCCAGUGGUAACCUAAAUGUUGCUGACCUUGACAAACCCUUAAUCAAUGUCCAACUCCAUGCUGGGGAUCUUCUCUAUUUCCCCCGUGGUAUGAUACAUCAGGCCACCACAGUUGAAGACACGCAUUCUCUCCAUAUUACCGUUUCCUGUUGCCAAAAGAACACCUGGGGAGAUUUCUUGGAGAAGAUGUUACCAACUGCCAUCAAGUUAGCGAUGGAUGAUGAUGUUGAGUUCCGGAAGAGUCUCCCACUGAACUACCUCAACUUUAUGGGAGUUGCUAACUCUGAAAGUCAUACGAAAGAACGGCAGGAUUUUAUGCAACAUAUUGAUAAGCUGAUGCGGCGCCUGAUCUCUCAUGCUCCUGUCGAUGCCACAUGUGACCAAAUGGGCAAGAAAUUCAUGCAUGAAUCUCUUCCUCCUUACAUCUCUGAUGGUGAGAAGCAGUACACCAUUCAUGAACAAGGGGAGCGCUGGAAUGGCAAAAGCCAGUCUGUGGUCUCUCGGGUGGAACUGGGACCAGAUACCAGAAUCAAACUGCUCCGUGCUGGUAUCAUUAGGUUGGUGAUUGAAGGGGAUGAAGUUCGUAUUUACUACAAUUUAGAAAACAACCGUCUCUACCAAGACGUGGAAUCAAAUUACUUGGAGAUUCCUCAUCGGUAUGCCUUGGCUGUUGAAUUCCUGUUACAAACCUACCCUGAUUUCACCACAGUUGAGAAUCUACCCCUUACACAACUCACAGAACAGAUUGAACUUGUCCAAGCCAUGUACGAGAAAGGAAUUCUUCUUACAGAGAUACCCCUGGAACCACUGGACGAAGACAGUUCCAUGGACGAAGGAGAGUAAAAUGCUGAUGGUGGGUGGGCGGGUUGAGGGCGUGUAGUUGUGUGUAUAUGUGAGUGUGUGUUUGUGUGCCCUGGGAGCUAAGUAUGUGAAUUUGUGUGAUCUGAGGGUGUGUGUGUGCAUAUGGGAUCUGAGUAUUAUGGUAUUCUAUUAAAGCUACUCAUAUAUAUCAUCAUCAUUAUUGUACAGCCAUCUUAUCAUGGUACCUACAUACAUGCUGCCGAUGGCACGUAAAAGCACCAUCCGUUUGUAGCUGUUUGCCAGCCUGCGCUGGCUCCUGUGUCUGU